AUGGAGGAGCAACUGGCUCGGCAGGACGUGCGGGGGGCUCCUGGUCAGUCCACAGGAGACCAGUUGUGGGCAAACGAGCUAAAUACAUUCUUGGCUCGCUUUGACCAGCCUUCCCCUCCCCCUGCGCAGACGCUCUCCCUCACUCCGGCAGCGGAACAAAGGGCAACACCUACGAUCGUUCACACCUCUGUCAUGCCACCACAGUCUUCCUCCCACGGCCCCACUAGCCCUCCCAGAGACACUCCCCCCACCACCACUGAGCCCCCAUACUCCCUACUCAGCACCCACUCCACCCAGCCCCCCUGCACCCCCCUGUCAGUCACCGCUGCUCAGAAGUUCUCUGACUCUGCCAUCAUCGGACUCAGCUCCGAAGACGAUGACACAGAGUACAGAGGAGUUAUACAGGACUUUGUGGACUGGUGUCAGCGGAACCACCUCCUCAUCAACGUGAGGAAGACCAAGGAGAUGAACCACCUCCUCAUCAACGUGAGGAAGACCAAGGAGAUGAACCACCUCCUCAUCAACGUGAGGAAGACCAAGGAGAUGAACCACCUCCUCAUCAACGUGAGGAAGACCAAGGAGAUGAACCACCUCCUCAUCAACGUGAGGAAGACCAAGGAGAUGAACCACCUCCUCAUCAACGUGAGGAAGACCAAGGAGAUGAACCACCUCCUCAUCAACGCGGGGAAGACCAAGGAGAUGAACCACCUCCUCAUCAACGUGAGGAAGACCAAGGAGAUGAACCACCUCCUCAUCAACGCGGGGAAGACCAAGGAGAUGAACCACCUCCUCAUCAACGCGGGGAAGACCAAGGAGAUGAACCACCUCCUCAUCAACGCGGGGAAGACCAAGGAGAUGAACCACCUCCUCAUCAACGCGGGGAAGACCAAGGAGAUGAAGUGGGAUAUGGCUGGUCGCAGAAAAGGACUGUGGCCCCGCAAACUUGAAGAGGACUUUUUGGAAAGGCAGAACGAGGGAGAACAUGGAGACUCUGAACCAUCAUCCCCGUCAUUUCAGCCAGUUGCGCUCCUCACCAAAUUCGAUAUUUCCUCGGAGACGUAUCGACAGCGCUUUAGAGCCACCGGAGUUCCUGCUGGAGAGACGCCCACGGAGACCUACCAUCGGCUGCGAGGACUCUACCGUCGCUGGAUUCGCCCCGACAUCCUGUCCAAGGACGCGAUCGGUGAGCUCAUCGUCUUGGAGCAACUGCUGUGUGUGCUUCCGCCGGACGUCCGUAUGUGGGUGAAGGAGCACAACUUGGAGGACGGCCUUACAGCAGCGAAGUUAGCUCUUCAGUACCAGAACGCGCAUCGAGGAUUCACACGCUUUCCCAGUUCGAAUGAGGGAUAA